GGCCGACACUGGCACCGUUGGCCCUCGAGUGCCUCGGCGGCCGGCAAGGGGGUCGCGCGCGCAGACCUGCAGCUCCUCGACCUCAGUGUCUUCGCUCGCUGACUUGGCUGAAGGAACGUCGGCUUCUCUCUCUCUUUUGCGUUUGUGCUUUCGUCGUAUUCGCAUCGAGCGCACUGUUGUCUCUUCUUUUUCUUGACAUAUACAUAGAGGAACUCCUAGAACGAGGAAAUAUAAGAAAGUUUAGAAAUGAUUUGAAGUGACAGAGCAAUCAGAAAGAGACAUUUCGGAGGGACCUAUAGUGGAAAGGAGUGAUACUGACCAACCGACGAAUUAAAAAAAAGGAAAAAAAAGUCACCAAAGAACAAGAGACUAAUGCAAGAUGGCGACAUUUCCUGAGAAAAGGACCAGACCUUCGACACAACGCCAGUCCUGGUUUAUAGGCCUAGCUGUCGUGGUCUUCGUCAGCCUACCAAGAACGACCGACGCACAGGGACUGCAAGACUAUCUGAAGCUCCAGGCCACCGUCAGCAGUCACACGCAGUCGCUUCUGAUUCUGCGCGAAUAUCAGACGCUAACCGACAAGAUAUGGAAAUGGUACCUUGAUAUUCAGAAAGGCAAGGAGAGGGACCUGGCGCCGAGCAGCAGCAGCGCCGGCCGCUCGCGACUCCCGGAAGCGAGUGCCCAGCAUCAGGACCUUCAGGAACAGCUGUUUUCCUUGCAGAAGCAGUUCGAGGCGCGGUUCGACUCCCAGAAGGCCGAGACGCAGCAGCUCAAGGAGGAACUCGAUUCUCAAAAAUUGCAAAGCCGACGACUCCGACACGAGCUGAGCACGCAGAAGGAGGUCGUGGCCCGUUUGGAGGACGUCUUCUCCAAGAGGACGUGGAGCCUGGAGGAGCAGCUGGGAGAACUGUCGGACCAGCUGGAGCGCGAGAGAAAUGCCACGCAGACGCUGAAGCAGCAGCUGGAGAGCGCCGUCGUGGAGAGCUUGGCGACCGACGCCCGGGCCGCCGAGGAGCUGGAAGAGCAGGUGGGUGAAGGAAGGUCACGCGCUGAACUCGAAGAUGUGUUGAUGUUCGUAAAGAAUGUUGUCGUGAGUGCCAACCGGAGCCUGGAUGACCUGCAUGCUGAGGUCAAGAGGUUGAGAGAUGAAAAGAUAAAAGCACUGACAUCGGACUUGGCAUCGUUAUCCUCGAGGCAAGAGGGUGACAGGCGCACUCUGAGCGAGCACCUGCGAGGUCUGAAGGAGGAAGUCCGAGUCCUGAAUCAGAGUUCUUCCCGCGGUAACGAGGCACAGCUGGAGCGUCGACUGGCUUCCUUCGACGCGAGGAUAACCGGCCUGAGCACGCUGGACGCGCGUCUGAACGGGCGGAUGAGCAAGCUCGAAGGAAGGGCGCAGGGACUUCAGAGUGCGGUGGACGUCGUAAGACAGCGCAUGAACGCCGUGGACGCGGCUGUGGGCGCCCUCAGGCAGGCGGGUGACGUGGCCGAAAAACUCGCUAGUCUGGAGGAUGCGAACAGGAAUCUAGAUAACCGGCUCCACGUCGCUGUCGAUGACGUCAAGAGGAGAGUUUCGUACCUGGAGCAGCAGGUAGGGAGGGCGGACGUCGGGGAAAUCAGCGGAGCUUGGCGCUCCGCCGAAGUCACUGCGAACGCCGCGGCGGAAGGCUACUCCUGGAGAGGAGUCCUUUCGGGGUUCACAGGCGCCCCCGGGGACAGAGGGAACCCAGGGACUCCAGGAGAAAGAGGAUCUCCAGGUGCAAGGGGGCCUCCGGGCAGACCGGGAGAUGCAGGACACAGAGGCGACCCUGGGGCGCCCGGGAGCAGGGGGGCUCAAGGACCACGCGGGGCUCCAGGCGAGAGAGGGGCCCCGGGCGGCAGAGGAGCCCCAGGGGACAGAGGAGCUCCGGGUGAAAGAGGAGAUGCAGGAAACAGAGGCAACCCUGGGGCCCCUGGUGGAAGGGGAGCGCAAGGACCACGCGGGGCUCCAGGCGGUAGAGGAGCUCCAGGCGGCAGCGGAGCCCCAGGGGAGAGAGGAGCUCCAGGCGGCAGUGGAGGCCCAGGGGAGAGAGGAGCUCCAGGCGGCAGCGGAGUCCCAGGGGAGAGAGGAGCCCCAGGGGAGAGAGGAGCUCCAGGCGGCAGCGGAGUCCCAGGGGAGAGAGGAGCUCCAGGCGGCAGCGGAGCCCCGGGGGAGAGGGGCGCUCCAGGGGAAAGAGGAGCGAACGGUGGCCGAGGCGCCCCGGGCGAGCAAGGGGCGAGCGGGGAGUCGGGCUGGAGAGGCAUCCCGGGGACGGCGAGCCGGCCCGGCGUGCGGGGGCGCCUCAGGGUGCGAAGCAGGCAGGGCGCGCGGGGGACGACGGGGCUCCAGGGGGCGCAGGGGGAGCCAGGGUAUCCAGGUUUCCCAGGGGAGAGAGGUCAGCCGGGCCCUCAAGGCCCAAGGGGCUACCCUGGGCCCGCUGGCUAACGCGCCAGGGAGGGGACACCCAGUCCUUGGCUCCUCUGCCUGCGUCGUGUCCUGAUCUGUGAGAUGUCCUAGUCUGUGUCCUGCGCGUGAGGCGCUCUGUCGGAGCGAGGUCUUAGUCCUGCGGUGUGAUGUCUCGUCUGUCAGAUGUCCUGCUUUGUAUGAUGUCCUUGUCACUGUUGUGCCUGAUACGCCUUGUGUCUUUGUCUGAGUGAUGUCGUUUUCUAUGUAAUGUUUACAUGUCCUGUAAAUACGUGAAGUCCUCGUUGAUAGGACGAAGAAGUUUGUUUCUUCAAGGGCGUUUUGUAUCAUAACUUAUGUGCGUAAAUAUUCGGUGAAAUUACCUUGUGUUUGUACUAAUUCGUUGACAUGCGGAGUCGUUUCGUAUUCAACAAAAAUAAUGUUUCAAACUAUCUUCUACGUAUACACACACACGACACACACACACACACACACACACACACACACACACACACACACACACACACACACACACACACACACA